AUGCCUAAGCAUUGCUUUCUAGGCUUCCUCCUCAGCCUUUUCCUGACUGGUGGAGUAGGAACUCAGCCAGCUCAUGACUCUCUGAAGCCUCAGAGGGUACGAUUUCAGUCUCGAAACUUCUAUAAUGUUUUGCUCUGGGAGCCUGGGUGGGCUCUCACCAGCAAUCAGAGCAUCUAUUUUGUGCAGUACAAAAUGUAUGGUGAGAGAGACUGGAAAAGUAAGAAGGAAUGUUGGGGUACUCAGGAACUCUUUUGUGACCUUACAAACGAAACCUCAGACCUGCAGGAGCUUUACUAUGGGAGGGUGCAGACGGCCUCGGCAGGGGUUUACUCUGGAUGGAGCAUGACACCACGCUUCAUUCCCUGGUGGGAAACGAAAAUAGAGCCUCCAGUCAUAAAUAUAACCAGAGUUAAUGGAUUGUUGUCGGUGGUUUUCCAUACUCCAAAUCCACCAUAUAGAGACCAAAAAGGAACUAUAUCAAUGGAAAAUUACUAUGACCUAGAAUACCGAGUUUUUAUAAUUAAAAAUUCACUAAAAAUGGAACAACAAGUCUAUGAAGGGCCUCACAGAGUUGUUGAAAUUGAAGGUCUCAUACCUCGCUCUGGUGCCUGCAUAGUAGCUGAACUAUACAUACCCAGGUUUGACAGAGGAAGCCCAAGAAGUGCAAAGAGAUGUGUGGGGGCUGCAUAA